UGUAACUAGAGGUCGGUCAUCAGCUCGUCACCAAACAUUAACUCUUUCUUGGUAUAUGAUGAGUCCGUUGGCAGUGCGAUGCUAUCUGCCAUAUAUACAUCUGGCUAACUACAGGAGCUAUCGUUAACUGGCUCUAGGAAAUCCUAUAACAAUCAAAAUAUGUCACACUUUCUGCGAGGCAAGCAGUCCGGUAUUCAUGGCGAUUUAAGCGCAGGCCUGGCCCCGGAGCAUUUCGUGUUUGAUGAUGUCGCCAGGUACGGCAUAAACUCUCGGAUUAGCGCCCUUGCUUACGAUCCUGUUCAGUCACUGCUUGCUGUCGGGACGAGCGAAACACAAUAUGGGAGCGGACAAAUCUAUAUAUUCGGACAGGAGAGAGUGUCUGCAGUAUUCACGCUCCCACGCAAGGCUUCUGUUAAUAUACUUCAAUUCUGCACCGAUAAAAUUGUUUCCGUAGACUCAAAACAUGAGCUUUGCGUAUUUUCUCUUGAGAAACGGACGAAGCUUGCCGCUUAUACCCCGCCAGGCCAUGUUACCGCGCUCUUGACGGAUCCGAGCUUGGAGUAUGCUUUUAUAGGGUUACAAAGCGGUGAACUGGUUACGUACGACCUCGACCGCCUCAUGAUAGCCCCCUUCAGACUCCCCAAUCUAUGGAAAGAGCGAAAUCCUCGGUCCAGGCUUUUGCCGAUAGUAUCUCUGGCUUUCCAUCCUCGGGACAUCGGAAAGCUUCUAAUCGGAUAUUUAGAAGGAGCUGUAACUUUCUCGAUUAAAAUGAAUGUUCCCACCAAAUAUUUCCAGUAUGAGGUUCCACCUGGUGCUCCUGGUGGAGACUCGGAUCCGUCAUCCUCUCGAGAGGUGCGAAGACCUAGACUUACAAAAGCUGUCUGGCAUCCUACGGGAACUUUUAUCCUAACAGCUCAUGAUGACUCGAGCCUUGUCUUUUGGGACCCCAAGGAUGGAAGAAUUGUUAUGGCUAGGACGUUAGUAGACGUUGACGUUAACAAACCAGGGACAGUGGCAUCGCCAAGUUCCCCGGCGGGAACUUACUCUUUAAAGGAGCCAAUAUUCCAGGUAGCAUGGUGCUGCAAGGAGAAUCCUGAUGAUACUGGCUUGUUAAUAGCUGGCGGCGAGUCAACAACAGAAGUGAAUAAACACUUGACAUUUUUUGACCUCGGACCAACACCAAACUACCAGACCUCUUCAUGGCAAGUCCUCUCAAACCAUCUUGCGAAACCCAGACGCGAAAGCAAACUACAAACACCUCCAGCUGCCGAAGUUGUCGAUUUUGUGCUCAUUCCUCGCUCAUCCCCCUUUUUUGCGAAUGCGCAGGAUCCCAUUGCUGUGAUCGCGCUGCUCUCCUCAGGGGAACUUGUUACUCUUAGCUUCCCCAGCGGCCACCCAAUUUCUCCCACAAAUAUGCUCCAUUUGUCAUUAUCCUUUGUUCACCCAUUUGUCAACAAAAUCGCUUUAUCAUAUGUUGACCGCACGAGAUGGUUAGGGUGGAGGGAGAAACGAGCCCAUGGACCAAACAUUGUGAUUGGAGGUGCACCGGCAAAAAAGCCGAUGAAACGGUAUGAGAAUCGGGAUAUUGUCCAAACGGCUCACGCUGAUGGCGUCGUUCGCAUGUGGGAUUCGGGUCAUGAUGAUAAUAUUGAAAAUCCCACUACAAUCCAAGUCGAUCUUGCGCGUGCUGUAGGUCGUUUCCACAACAUCGAAGUAUCUGCGAUGUCGUUGGCAGGGGCUGCAGGUGAAUUCUCAGUCGGCAUGAAGAGUGGUGAAGUGGCUAUUUUCAAAUGGGGCCGUAAUCCGAAUGCGGGGCGGGAUUUACCCUUAGGAGAAAACGACGGCCCAGGACAGCUGACUGAUAUCUCUCACAGAGCUGAUCCAGGGCUAAAAGAAGGCUUCCUUCCUCUAGUUUUGUUGAACCAAGGCCAAGGGCCUGUUACUGCUCUUGAUCAUAGCGAUGUUGGCUUCAUUUGCGUUGGAUUCCAGUCGGGCAGUCUUGCGAUCAUCGACUUAAGGGGCCCGUCGGUAAUAUUUACAGCAAAGGCUUCUGAUUUUGCUAGGCCACAGAAACGCCUGAGUAUUAGAAAAAGCCAUCAUUCCGCAUCAGAGGCGUCCCCCGAGUGGUCUACGUGUAUUAAGUUCUCAAUUAUGACUUUGGAAGGAGACGAUUAUUCUAGCAUUCUCUGUCUCGUUGGGACUAGCAAAGGAAACCUUGCAACAUUCAAAAUCCUACCAUCAGGAGGAACAUACACCGUCUCUUUCGCCGGUUCCCGAAGUGUGGACGAUAGAGUAUUGUCUAUUUGCCCUAUCAGCGCCGAAACCGGGGUCCCUGCUCUAGCCACUCAGGAAGGUGUUGCCAACUUGAGAAAUGGAUAUCGGGUGAAUGGAGUUGUAAUUGCUGUAACUCCUUCUGGCUGUCGAAUGUUUAAGCCUUCUAGCGCGAAGGGCGCCGAGAAAGAUUGGGAUGACUUCUUGUGCGACUAUGCAACAGUAGUUAGGGCUGAAGAGAGGUCUUCGCUUGUUGGUGUGUUUGGUGAUGGCAAGGCGAGGGCAUAUUCAAUUCCAGCUUUGAAAGAAAUUUCUUCUUCUCCGAUUGAUAAAAUUCUGGACAUGAGAAGGGUGGGGGAAGCAGUUAUUUCACCUUCUGGAGAUGUAAUAGGCUGGACUGGGCCCUCAGAACUUGCCAUGUUGAGUCUUUGGGGUGCUGGAUCACCUUUACGCCGGUGCGAUGACGCGAUAUAUAACCCUGCGCUUUCUGCACCUUCUCGCCCAACGAUUUCGAAUCUACAAUGGAUAUCAGGGACACAGUAUGUGACACCGGCUGAUAUGGAUUUGUUAAUCGGAGGUCCCGAUCGACCUCCGUCGAAACAUAUGAUCGAACAAAUGCGACAAGAGGAGAUGUCCCGCCAAUCAGAGCUUCGCGGGUCGCCGCAGGGUAGUAGUGGUAAUGCCUCGCAGACGCGAGGAGAGGAGGGCUACUGGGCAUAUAUGCAGCGCCAGGUGCAGCAGAGGACAGAGAAUCUUAAUAUUAUGGGCGAUUCGAUAGAUCGGUUAGAGGAAACUAGUAGUGGCUGGGCGGAUGAUGUGAAUAAAUACGUCAAGAAUCAGAAGAAGAAAGCGGUGUUGGGUGUUAUUGGUUCUAAAUUCGGAUUUUAGAGGAUUGGAUUUUUUUUGGGUGCGGAUAUACAGGUUCAUGCGCGUUUUUAUACAGUUACCGCUAACUGCAACAGUUGAUCUGUUCCUUCGAAGGGUACACUAGGUGCUGGUUUGCCAUGCGGUUGCGUUUUUCUCUUCUGUAUGCUUUAUGACGUUACCACGGGUUGCAAGAACGAAACUAAAUAGAUAGUGUUUUCUACGGUACCAAGGCUGGUUACGUGAAAAUAUUAAGGACAAACCUUAGUGUAUUGUUAUACUAGUUGCUAAAUGUCUUGCUUCAAGCUGCUAGAAUUUCCCAGGGGGUUGGAACCCCCGGGGCCGGGGGCGAGGGGACAAAGAAAGAAGAAAAAAGAGAAUUAAGAUAUAAAUUCAUAUUGAUCCAUCAGCUGCUUCGCAGACGUCGGGGUGGAAGACGCAAGCGUUGCACGCGCGAUAUCUUUGCUCUUCUUAUGUUUAAUAAUGGCCAACGAGGGUAAAC